UUGUCAGCGCUACUGCCGACGCAUGUCCCCGCCUCUCUACUAUUUCAUGCAGCUAGAGGUUAAGUAACAGCCGUGCCAUAGUGUGGGUUGUCUCGGUUGUGUCCGAGUGCGCAGCGCCUUCCUCCCCAUCCCACCUUGCACCCCCAGUGACCUGCUACAAUGAAGCAGUCCCGUUCUGGCAAGACACAUAUUGUCAAGCUGCGAGCUCUCAUACGGCCUCGAGGGGAGACGGCUCAGCCAUGAGUAACACAUACUUUCUUACCGACGAGGAAGUCGAGCUCACCCAAUGGCGGACCGUUCGCAAUCUGGUCUCUUCGGUGCUUCCCGCGCCCUUCUCUCAGGGGCGCUCUCGUCUGAAGUCCGCAAGCCGCGAGCCGAAGCCGGCAUGCCGUACGGCGGGGCCGAAGCGGCCUGUUGAGGGGCGCCAAGCGGUAUCGGCAUCGGCCGACCAGACAGACAUGGUGGCCACCCAAGGACGGGACCGGCAGGCCAUUCCUGACAGACACACUGCUAUUAUUACCGCCUUCAACGGAGGGAAAUGGUUCGCCUCCAAGGUUGCCGAUGCAGCCGUGAUGUGGGCACAGGUGCCUGAUGAAUCGUCGGGGGUAAACUGGAAAUCCGGCAGUCAAGGUCUCGAGCUCAUCUUGAACUCGGGCCGCGAGUACAUCGGCAGACCGAACGAGGACUACAACCCGGAGUUCGAGCGUGCGGCUUACAUUCAUGGCGCUCAACACGUACUCCGGGGUCUUCCGCGGGACCUCGAGCCCGCCGAGGUAGCCAUGCUGCGUCGCGCACUGCCCCCAAACAUGGCGGCAUCAACGUCUCGCCCUAUCAAGGGAGGCGAGCCGCAGGCGGCAGACUCGCCCAGGAACCGCAACUGGGUGCACACUUUUGCCCUUUGCUUGCUCGGAUUCAUGUCCGCGCUGAUUGCCUGGAUGGGACCGCAGGUUGUGAACGUGGGCGCCAAGGCGAUCCGGCUGGAGACACAACACAAGUACUGCACACGCUCAUUGGCCAUGGCCAUCCGACGGCUGUGCCAAGUUUUCCGCUGGGCCAUCGACAGCAUGCCAGGCCGGCUUCUGUCUCAGGCCUUCGAGUACAUCUCGGAAGGCGUCUACGGCGCCCUUCAAGAGUUCACCGAGAAGCAAGCUGAGCCGGGGUGGAUGUGGGAACAAGAACAGGAGCAAUACAGUAGAGGCUGACAAUCUAGCCCAAGGGUCACGCUCCUUCUCAUGUUAGGGAUUUUUUCUCUGGGAUUAGACGGUAUUCACUCAGCGUAAUAGUACUUGGGGUAUCUUGAAUUGGUUUGAAAAAGUGAAGGAAAUCCACAACUGGGUUGGACGAAAGCUUGGUCUCCGUCCUCUGAGCCGCGUUGUCUUUGGCAGGGAAUUUGGAUGCUGGAAAGUCGAGAUGCUGUGGGCACUGGGCCCACGAUAAUCUAGUGUAUUAAGUGUAGUGUAACCAUGUAACGUACGAAUACCGGUACUGUAGGCUAUGUACAGUGUUACACUAGCGUAAU